CAUUUUAACUCCUUAAUUUUGUUGAUGGCAGAGCUACAGUGCUUGGACCAGAUUUGACUUAUGUUUUGAGGAAAAUGCUUGGACUUUCUGAAGGACUGAACACACUUGGUCUCCUGGACCUGAUGAAAAUUCACGCCAGCAUCUUGAAGGAGGUGUUUUCUUCAUCUGAGAGGCCUCUAAAGGCCACAGACUUGAUCUCCCUGUUCCAAGUGACACUGUCCCCUCCUGGAAGCAACCGGUGGCGCCUGGAGAAGAGAGUGGAAGGGUACUGGAGAGACUUUCUUCUAGAUGUGGAGGAUGGUGUGUUUGAGGUCACAAUGGAGCAAAUUUUGGUGUUUGCCUCUGGAGCCGACAGAGUACCCGCUCUUGGUUUUUCUCCUCACCCAACGCUGAACUUCAUUCACGACGCAGGGCGGAAGUACCCUGAAGCUAACACCUGUCUUGUAAAUUUGAAACUUCCUAUCCAUGACACUUACAGACAGUUCGCCAAGUUUAUGUGCGAUGGCAUUAUUCACGCUCCCACUUCUGGUCUGGCUUAAAGUCACUGACAGCUAUUUUCAUAAUGGCUGAACUUUGAAUGUCCUGCCUGCUAACGUUGUUCUCAGGUGAUGAUGUUAAGAUGAUUUGAGGUAAUUGUCUACUUAGGUCUGUAGUUGAUGACCAGUGUGACACGUCCUAAUUAAAAGCUCUGAAUAAUCAACCAAAGUAGAUGAGGUUUGUUACAGAACUUGAGCAAUGCUGUUUGAAAGUGCAUCUCUACUAAGAAACUGCAGCCACGUCUCCCUAUGCUGCCAGCAAGCUAACUGCCAGGUUGUAGGCCUGGUAUUGUAGGAAAUUGGAGAUAUUUUCCACGCAGCUAAGUAAAUAACUGUUAAACAUUUAUCACUAACUACGUUUUGUAAUGUCACAUGUUUAAGUAACGUUUCAGCGGACAGCUUUAGGACUGUAACACAUUGGUGAUUGAGUUUCCUGCCAUUAACGUUAUGACUUUUAAUUAUUAUUUUUAGUUAAUGUUAUACCGGGAAGCGGAUUUUUAUUACUUGGUAGAAACCAUCGACUGUAGAGUCCCAAUUAAAGACAGGGCAACAUUUACUGUUAAUACCAUGAAACUGAGUGCCAGAUUCCCCAACCGGCCAACCCCUUUUUCUUUCAACCUCUCUGGCAUGCUCCCAUUCGAUACUGAUAUAACGUUACAUUUUAAUUAUUUUUAGGCGAUGGAACAUUAACCUUACUGACUGUGUUUUUAAAUAAGGAGCAUCUGUGCUGGAGGGGUUUUCUGACUGCUAACUGUUAGCUGUGGUGGUGGGAGGCGGCUGGUCCGGUUUGAAACGGAUCGCUGGAAUGUAUUUCCCCCAUUUAUAAUCAAAACACUAGUGGGGUGCAGUGUACAGCUUGGACAGAUAACAUUACACUGUUGUGGAGGUUGACUUCAGGGAAUAAAGUAAGAUUAUAAGAUUA